ACGUUGACGGCGAGCGCAGUGUGAGUGUGAUAUAACCCGCGUCUCCAGCCUGUCCGUUUGGAGGACCAUCAUCCUCCCGUUCCGCUCGGCUGCACCGGGACCGUGUUAAAUAUCCGGUGCAGCAUCAUUCCAUCAUUCAGCUCCGGUAUGGACUAACGGUGUUCACGCGUUCAUUCAUGCAGCAGCGCGCGGCGGAGCGUUUGCUUGUUGGUAACAUGCCACAGAAAUCAUAGUAGAUAUUCUCGCCGUUUAUUCGGAGUCUUUGGGAUUGUUUUUGUUUUGUUUUUUGGUGGAUUAAACUUGUGUCCGGGAUGGGGAAGGAACAGGAGCUGCUGGAAGCGGCACGGACCGGGAAUGUUGUCCUGGUGGAGAAGCUGUUGAGCGGGAAGAAAGGAUUGCUGGGCUCGGGCUCCGGCUCCAUACCUCUGCCCGGGUUACUCAGUAUGUGGAGAGGCUUGAAUGUGAAUUGUGCAGACAGCUCAGGAUACACACCUCUGCACCACGCAUCACUGAACGGACACAGGGAUGUGGUGUUGAAGUUGUUGCAGUUUGAAGCCUCCACUAAUGUGGCGGACAGUAAGGGCUGUUUUCCUCUGCAUCUGGCAGCAUGGAGAGGUGAUGUGGAGAUUGUCCAGAUCCUGAUUCACCAUGGACCGUCUCACAGCAGGGUUAAUGAACAGAACAAUGAAAAAGAGACGGCGCUGCAUUGUGCAGCUCAGUAUGGUCACUCAGAGGUGGUCCGUGUCUUGCUGCAGGAGUUGACAGACCCCAGCAUGAGAAACAGUCGAGCGGAGACGCCACUGGACCUUGCCGCCCUGUAUGGCCGCCUGCAGGUGGUCGGCAUGCUGCUGAGUGCCCACCCCAACCUCAUGAGCUGCAACACGCGCAAGCACACGCCUCUCCAUCUGGCUGCAAGAAACGGCCAUCAUGCCACUGUUCGGAUGCUACUGGAGUCUGGCAUGGACGUUAACACACAGACAGAGAAAGGGAGUGCUCUCCAUGAGGCUGCACUUUUCAGAAAGAUGGAUGUAGUUCAGCUACUGCUCGACUCAGGGAUUGAUGCCAACAUCAGAGAUUGCCAGGGAAGAACUGCUCUAGAGAUAUUGAGAGAGCACCCAUCUCAGAAAUCACAACAAAUUGCUUCUCUCAUACAAGAUUAUAUGAUGUCUGAUUGUGACAAAGGGAAUUUACAAGAAGAGCUAUCACGACAGCGUCCAGUACCAACACCACGCACAUCAAUACCUUCACCUGUGCCCUCACCGUCCUUACGGCAUAAAAACGAUGCAGUAACAGGGGAAUUGUCCAAGUUGCUGAAUGAAAUAAAGAUCUGUCGUGAUAAGGAUUGCUCCUUUGAGGAGCUGUGUCAGACCAUCUCUUCUCACUCUCAGUCCAUGGAAAGCUUUGGCAGUGGGCGACUGUCCGAUGAGGAGCGGAAUGGCACUCUCACUCGAAUAAACAAGCGGCCCAUUCCCCCAUUGCACACGGCGCUGGAAGAGGAGGAAAAGAGCUGCGGUCCAUCAGGCCUGUGGGAGGCGCUCACUCCCUGCAACGGCUGCAGAAACUUGGGAUUCUCUCAGGACAAGCAAUGUGGUGAAAUUGCUCAGUCUCCAUCGCUGGAUGUCUUUUUACCAGAGGAUGAGGACAACCCUUACGAGUCAGUGGCUACAGCUGUCACACGCAAACCCUGCUCUCUGGACAUCCACCUGCACAACGCCUGUCCCCGAAAUGGCCACUUCUCACAUGUGUCGGUCAGUGAUGCGGAGCGAGGUAACUAUGGCGACGACUCAACACGUCUGACUCCUGACUGCUCGCCUCCUUCACCUGAUACAGCCCUGAGAAACAUCGAGAGAGUCAUACGCCCCCAGCCCAAGCAACGGACCUCGCUGUCCUCCUCACAGGACGUCCAGAAACCCGUGCAAAACCACAGCGGUGAGCCUUCUGAGGUCAGCUCCUCUCUCGGCUACGCUAGCUUCAGCACCAGCACACCCGCCAGUCCUCCCAUCAGCCCGGCCAACUGCUCGACAGGAUCUGCAGAAGACUGCGGUCUCACCGAUGAAACGGUGCACCAGAAGGACUUUGUAGAAAGUGACGAUCGAAGACAUAGUCACGUUCCUGAGCAGUUUGCUGGUCUUCUCCACGGCUCAUCUCCUGCUUGUGAAUCACCUGACAACCCCUACCAGCUUUACGGCAAAGUGCGAAAGUUCAGCGUUCCCGAGCCCCCACUCCAGCACGGGAAUCUGCUCCGGCCGCCCGAGUACCCUCCCCCGUUCCCCCGCACCGGCAGUGAAGCAUCAGCCCUUAAAAUCCAGAGAGAUCCCAAGCCACAAAUAGUCUACAGGACCAUUUUUCACACCCGGGUCAACCAGAGACCAUUUACGCCCGUCGAACAGGGUGACAAGCCUGGGGUGCAUGUGAGGAACGGGGAGGGCCGGAGCAGCAGCACAGGCAGCUCUAGCCCAGCGAGCAACACUACAGGCUACGAGGAAAGAGCGUGCACUCUAGGGAGGAUGCGCUCAAUACCCAAAAAUAUCUUGGACCUUCAGUUGUCCAGAAAUUUCUCCAAAUCGGACUCAAACCUGGUGGUUGUGUCUCCCAUUGAGGAGGAACAGUGGAACUCCAGAGGGCAGAACAGUCCUGGUAAAAACAGCCCAAACAGAUUGGAGAGAACUCCUUCCUUUACGGCAGAGUGGGAAGAGAUUGACAAGAUUAUGAGCUCUAUAGGUGCUGGAAUUGGCACAGAGUUGGAGGAGAUUACGGAGGAUCACUCAGGUCCCCGCUGCCCUGUCCAGUCUGUGGGACAGUGGCUGGACAACAUCGGCCUGGUGCAGUAUGAAAACCACCUGCUGUCUAACGGCUUUGACAACGUUCAAUUCAUGGGCAGUAAUGUGGUGGAGGACCAGGACCUGUUGGAGAUCGGGAUUUUAAACUCUGCCCACAGACAGCGACUCCUGCAGGCUAUUCGUCUGCUGCCCAGGGUGCGGCCCGUUGGUUACGAUGGAAAUAACCCCACCUCAGUGGCUGAAUGGCUGGAGUCUCUGGAGCUGGGAGACUACACCAAGUCCUUCCUCAUCAAUGGGUACACCUCCAUGGAGCUUGUCAAGAAGAUCUGGGAGAUCGAGCUCAUCAAUGUUCUUAAGAUUAAUUUGAUUGGCCACAGGAAAAGAAUACUUGCAUCACUUGGAGAUCGACUGCACGAAGACCCUCCACAGAAACCACCACGGGCAAUCUCUCUAAGAGAGCCCACAGGGAAUCACACUCCCCCUCAGCUGUCUCCAUCUCUGAGUCAGGCCUACCCCAACGCCGGCUCUCUGGACGUGCAGCAUCUCAUCAUGCAGGCCGAUGCCCGCCGUAGGCGUAACGACAACUACUUUGAAGACGUGCCGCGCUCCAAACUAGAGAGGCAGAUGGCACAAGUCAGUAUGCAAGGGGAAUGGUGUGAGCCAAUCACGUUACGGCCUCCAAACGAGGCUACGUCAUCUACGCCGGUGCAGUACUGGCAGCACCAUCCUGAGAAGCUUAUAUUCCAGUCAUGUGACUAUGAAGCAUAUUAUCUGGGGUCCAUGCUGGUGAAAGAGUUGCGUGGUACGGAGUCCACACAUGAUGCCUGUGCGAAAAUGAGGAAGUCUACAGAACAGAUGAAGAAGAUUCCCACCAUAGUACUGUCUGUCUCCUAUAAGGGCGUCAAGUUUAUCGAUGCCACUAACAAGAAUAUCAUAGCAGAGCAUGAGAUCAGGAAUAUCUCGUGUGCAGCCCAGGAUCCAGAAGAUCUGUCCACAUUUGCAUACAUCACUAAGGACCUGAAAUCCAGCCAUCAUUACUGCCAUGUCUUUACAGCUUUCGAUGUGAAUCUGGCCUAUGAGAUUAUCUUGACGUUGGGCCAGGCGUUCGAGGUGGCGUAUCAGUUGGCCCUGCAGGCCAGAAAGAGCGGCCACGGGUCAUCCACUCUGCCCGAGAGCUUCGACAGCAAACCCUCCAAACCUGUCCCUAAACCUCGUGUCAACAUACGCAAGUCUAUGGAGCAGCCCUCAAUGGAUCAAAAGGGCCACGCCAACGUCCCCUGGAUAGUCGAGCCAGGACAGGAAGCCAAAAGAGGAGCCAACACCAAGUAUGAGACCACUAUUUUCUAAUAUACACCCAAAAUACUGUCCACUCCUGUGUGUGUGCCUUACAGAGAGCGCCCUCUAGAGGCCCCCCACGGAGCCACGGGCCCAGUGACCUGUGACAAGCCCGCCCGCGUCUCUCCGCCCGGCCCAGCCCGCCCGUUUACCGUGGCCUCUGCAUGAUGACGCUGCCGCUGUCUUUUCUCUCCUCCGAUCUUUCCCCCUCUCUUUAUCUCUCUCGCUCCCUGACCUCUCUGGCCGCAGCAUGAUUCGGGACGGUCCCAAUCAACCCUCAGGCCGCAACGCUGCCAAUCAAACGCUUCUGUGCGCUCACUAUCUCCUCCAAAACACAAAAAAGUGUUGCAAGCGGUUGUUUUUCAUUCAAUUUUUCCCUUCUCCUCUUUUUAUUUCUCUUUUCCUCCGUUCUCCGCUUUUCUUUUCCUACGCUUCGUUGGGAAGCAACUCUCCAGCCUUUCCCCUCACCUACACCCCCACACUCCCCUCGACUGCUUGAAUGACAACUUAAAACCAUAAUGCUGCUACAAGCCUUAUAAACAGGUUGUUUUUUAAAGUCGGAAUUUACUUUCCUCCUCACUAGACAGCGUAGUUAGCGAGGUGAAGAGAUUUUUGAGUUGGGCAUCCAAAACGGCUGGCGUAGAAGCGGAGAUCGGACUUCAAGGAAGGACAUUUUGCUUGUCUUGUUUGUACGUCACAUAGCAAAGUUUUAGUUUUUAGUAUCAGUGAAUGCUUGGCGGAAAAAAGUCCCUUAUUGGGGGAGAUUUUUUUUAAACCAGACAGCUUUGUGUUUUUUAAACAGCUAAGAGUUAAGAGCUUGUUUUAACAAUCUAUCAAAGUUGAAAACUAAUUUGCAACCUAUCUGAACGGGAAAUACAUCAGAUAGCAUUUAACGAAAGCUUAUUUUAUUGAGGCAUCUGCAAAAUGAUGUGUCUCUUUAAAAGUGCAUUGUUCUUUUCCUUCCUUUACAAGUUUUUUCUGUUGUGUUUUCUUUCUCCAUUUUGUGGUUUUGGCUAUGAAUGAAAAACACGAGCAAAAACGAGCCAGUCCUGAGACAUGCAGUGUAGUUGAAAGCAUGCAGUCCAUGUGAACUGGAAAAGGGGGGGCUUUUUUUGAUGGACACUUUGGAUAAGUGAUGUGAUUUUAUUCACAGGGCAAUGGCGGACGCCCAUGUCUAUUACAGUGGAAUUCAGAGAAUGUAGCCUGCCCCUAACAUGGACCCUCACUCACAUGCAUUGCAAAUAAGGAACCUAUACGUGUCACUGGAGCCUCUCUUAACGCAUGUGUACGGAUUCAGUCGAGGAAUUUUUCAACGGGGACUUGAUGUACGCGUACAAAGGACUACUGACGUGGACCCGUGGCCUUUUAUGAAACACUCGCAUGCAUACGCACACACACUGCAUAGGACAAACAGGAGUCUGUUGAAUCUGAAUGUAGCAGUGAUUUAGAGUUGUGGUUUCGCUGCGUUCCGAAGGACAUAGAACUUUGUCGUGUGAGAGACAGCUGGGGGAAAGGCAAGUUGCGGUGGAGACGGUUAUUAUGGCGACUGCCACACUACACUGACUUUUCACUAAAUAUCUAAUCUGAAAUACCAUGGCAUGUCUGGACUGGGAUUCAAAUGGACUUCAAUUGCUGUACUUUUGUUUUAUUUUUCUUUCUUUUUUUCUUUGGUUUAUUUGUGGUCAAUGAUAUAAAAAAUUAUAUGCACAAUGUGAAUGGACUUCAUUGCACUGGACAACCAUGAAAUGUAUUCUUCCAGUGCCAAAAUCAUUAUGGAAUGGUUGUUGACAUAAUUGGCAAUGCCAGAAAGAUUAAUAUUCAUAUUGGCAAGACAUUUUAAUGUUUAAUAGAGAAAUAUAUUACCAUUACUGUAACAUUUACUAUUAUUAUAAUUAUUCUUAUUGUGUAAUUCUUGUCUGAUGUUGUCUUAAUGUUACAUUAUUUUUAUAUGAUACGUCGAGCUUGAAUACGUAGCCAUCCUAAGGAAACAACAAACAAACAAAAAACAUAUUAUUCUAGUACAGAAGAAAUGAAUGUGUGGAUGGCUCCACUUUACUUUGGUUUUAGAUUAAAUAAAAUAAAAUAAAACAGAUGUCUUACUUGCACUCAUUGUCACUAUAGAAUUUUGCUAAAGUUCUGUAAAUAAAUAUUUUGUUGACUCAUUGUUCAUAUAUGUAAUAAAACAACAAAAUAUAUAUAUAAGAAUUACAGAGAAAAACAAAAAUGAAUCACAAUAAAUUACAUUGGGAAACAAGGUACCAAAUGUUGCAGAUCAAAGUGCAAAACAUAAAAACAACAAAAUUGUAUGCGCAAAUGGUGGAGUUGUUCAAUCAUCAUUGCAGACUAACAUGUGUAGAUAGGCUUGGGCUUCCAGCACACAGAUUUUUUAAGUUUGGUCUUUUAUUUAUAUUCUUGCAAAGCACAUGGAAUAAAUCUAGAUUGUAGAACCAC